GUUAAGAAAGAAUCUAUUGAUUGAAAGUAAGCUCGAUCGAACAAAUAAAUAAAUAAUUAUAAAUGGCUGUGAAGAGAGGGAGAGAUGAAGUCGGCGGAGGAGGAGAAGUGGAAACGAUGGCGAUGGCCAAUUGUCUCAUGUUACUUUCUCAGGUAGGAGAGAAAGCACUUUCCGGCGAUCGUGUUUUCACCUGUAAAACUUGCAACCGCCAGUUUCAUUCCUUUCAAGCCCUCGGCGGCCACCGCGCCAGUCACAACAGGCUCAAGCAAACCCCCGAUCGCGUCGAGGCUACUACUACUACUCAUCAUGAUCAUGAUGAUAUCGCGAUCGCAUUAGUACCGGUCAAGCACAAAACGCAUGCCUGCACCAUAUGUGGAGAUGAGUUCCCUAUUGGUCAGGCCCUCGGCGGCCAUAUGAGGCGCCAUCGGACUACAAAUAAGCGCGCAGGUGGUGAAUCAACGGAGACCGGAGGCGAUAAGAAGAGGGCAAUUAUGAGGAUGGAUUUGAACUUGACUCCUUUUGAGAAUUGUGUUAAAUUUGGUAGCUCUGUUUUAGUAGGUAUUCUAAACAACUUAAUUAAUUACUUCAAAUUAAGUAUGAUGAAAUUAAAGAGGGGGAGAGAGGAAGAUGAAGUAGAAGCGUUAGCGAUGGCUAACUGCCUUAUGCUACUUUCACAUGUGGGUGAGAAAGGUUUCUCCGACGGACGUGUUUUCACGUGUAAAACGUGCCAUCGUCAGUUUCCGACGUUCCAGGCCCUCGGCGGUCAUCGUGCUAGCCACGGGAAGCCGAAACAGACGACGGCGACGGAGGAAGAGGAAAUGAUAAAUAGUAAUAAUAAUUUGGGCAAGAAGAAGAUUCACGAAUGUUCAGUUUGCGGUAAGAAUUUCCCGACUGGUCAGUCACUAGGCGGCCAUAUGAGGAGACAUCGUGGGACGGCGGUGAAGGAAUUAACGGCGGCGGCGGAGAAGGAGAAGGAGGAUGAUCGGAAGAGGAUUAUGCGGAUGCGGGUGGACUUGAACUUGACGCCGUUGCAGAAUUAUUUGAAACUUGGGAAAACAAGCUUUGUAAUGGGGUUGGUUUGAUAAUUAUAUGACCGUUGCAGAACUAGCUACUGUCAUUAUCGCCGCCGGUCUAUUCUCGGAUUUGAAUUUUCCGGCGAUAUAUGGUUACUUUCCGGUAGGCGCGCAGCUGCCUGACAGUACGGAAUUUUUUAAUUAUUUUUAAGGAAAGUUCGAGGUGCUUUCGUGGAGUUAUAAAUUGUUCUUUGUUCAUUAUUAUUUGUAGACAUUUUUUAA